ACGGAAAGAGAAUGCGUUAUGUUUUAUUUGAAAUAAAUUAGAAUUACAUGUCAUUUAAAUAGCAGCACAACAUCUGGUUUGUUAUCGGGGACAUUCUCGGGUGUUUAUACGAACCGUGCCAUUGUUUUGAAGUUGUUUUGCCCGAGAAUACUACAAACGAGAGGAGCCCGGGGUCAGUGGUUGGGAUGUUGGCCGCGGAAAACCCAUCUGUGGACGGACAUUUGGCAGCAUCGACUCCCCGCAGAAGAGGCAUGGAUUGUAAGUCAAGUAACAAUGCCAACAAGAAACUUGUACAAGCUCGCCUCCCAUUCAAGCGCCUGAACCCUGAACCUAAAGAGAACCAGCCGCCUAAACGCCCCUGUGCACAUGCCUGUCCUGAACCUUCAGACAGGGAGAAUGAGAAUGAGUCCUCUCAACUCCCUGUGCACAGCGGACCACCCUUGGUUAAUGGUCGUGGGCCCCUUGAUGGCUUCCUGAGCCGAAGGUGCCCUGCAGCCUCAGAUGAAAACACGGUUAUAGAUCUGACUGAGGACAAAACUUCUCCUGUAAAGUGCCUUGUUUCACCUGCUCCUGUGUCUCCCUGCCUCCCAAAAAAAGACAAGCAUCAAGGCAAAGACAAAACUGCUUCUUCUGAGAAAACCAGCAACAUUGAUCCCACUCCUAAAACACACACUUUAGACUGUGUCAACGAUGAUGAAGUGGAAGAGGUGGAGGAUAAAGAUGGGAGUCAGACAGAAUCUGUCUCACAACUUGACACAACACAGGAUUCUGACAGUGAGCCAGAGGAGCAGGAUGAGUCAGGAAACGUUUCCAGUUUGGGGAAUAAGUCCAUGCUGUCAGGUUCAUCAGUCAGCUCCAUGUCUGAAAGCUCACCGGAGAAGUCCAAGACCGAUGACCCUACAACUACAGAGCCAAAGACCACCCCCAAGACACCAGCAGAUCAGAAAAAGAUCAAGAGACGCUCAUUGAAGAGUUUACAAGAACAAGAGGACAGGCUUCGUUUGCGACAGGAGAAGGAACGGCAGAAGGAAGAGGCUAAAGCUGCAAAAGAGAAAAAGAAAGAAGAGGCUCGCAAACUAAAGGAGGAACGAGAAAGGGAAAAACGGGAGAAAAAGGAAAAAGAUGAGCGAGAGAAACGAGAGAAAAAAGAGAAAGAAGAGAAAGAAAAGGCAGAGAGGUUAAAAGCAAAAGAAGAGCUUCGGAAGUCCAAGCAAGAGGCCAGGCUGGAAGAAAAACGGAAGAAAGAAGAGGAGAAGCGAAUGAAGGAGGAAGAGAAAAGAUUGAAAGAAGAGAAAGAUCGUCUCAAAGCUGAGAAAGCAGAAAUUACACGGUUUCUACAGAAACCCAAGAUCCAGCAGGCACCAAAGACGCUCGCAGCUGCAUGUGGGAAGUUUGCUCCAUUUGAGAUAAAAGAAAACAUGGCUCUGGCACCACUGUGUCGGGUCCAGUGUGAGGACUCUGUUUUGGAGGAACUUGACCGGUGUUUGCUAAACCCUGCUGCUAACCUGAAUGGACUCAAAGACUGGAUCGGGCAAAAGCCCCGCUGGUCAGGGCCCACCAAGCCCAGGCAGGCGGACUCGCUCAGUGAGUGUAUUGCAGUGGACAGACCUAAACCAGAUGGUGUACCGGACCGUGAACGUUAUGGAUCCAUGAAGCUUUUGCAGUUCCAUGAGAACUACCGUCCAGCGUACUGGGGCACCUGGAGUAAGAAGAGUUCACACAUCUCACCUCGUUGCCCCCUCAGACAAGACAAGGAUUUGUUGGACUAUGAGGUGGACAGUGAUGAAGAAUGGGAGGAAGAGGAGCCGGGAGAGUCCCUGUCACAUAGUGAAGGGGAAGAUGAGGAGGAAGGAGGUGAAGGUGAAGAUGACGAUGAUGAUGACGACGACGGCUUCUUUGUUCCUCACGGCUACCUUUCAGAUGAUGAGGGAGCACUGGAAGAGGAGGAGGGUGGAGACCUGGAGAAGCAGAAACUGCGUCAGAAACUGAAAGCGAGGGAGUGGGACGAGCUGAUGUCUACCAAGAAGAAGAUGAAGGUGCUGGAGCCCGUGGUGAGGGGCUGCGUCUGGGAAGGAGAAGGACCUGGUUUGGAUCUCUUCCAGCCUUUUGCUUUGUGUCUGGUCGAGCCUUUACCCAAGGCAGACACCAGCCUCAGCCCAGAGGAGCAGUCACAGAAGUGUCAGAAAGAAGCACAAUUACUUGGUCAGCUGUUACCUCUGCUGCAUGGCAAUCUCAACAGCAGCAAAGUGAUCAUCACUGAGUUUCAGGAGUUUUGUCGUCAGCAGACCUCAUCCUCAUCAUCACCUCCUGAACUGUCCAGCCCUCAGAGCCCAGCAGAAAACAUUCCUACCAGAAUACACCUGAAGCGCCUCAUAAGGAACAAUGCUGUUUAUGAGAAGCGCUCAACUUACAGACGCUGCUGCUGGUAUGUGCACACAGAAGUCCUAUCCUCUUUUAGCCAGGAAGCUCUUCCAGUGCCCUGCCAGUGGACCUACCUCACCACAGGAGCUCGGGAAGAGUCCCGUGAAGAACCCCAGGUGGCCACAGGCUCUCAGGGAAACUCUCCCACUACACCUCAGACCUCCUCCACCACGUCUUCAUCCUCCAACAAAAGGAAGAGCACAGGCAGCAUGUCUAUCACCAAGUUCAUGAAGAGAUGCACUGAUCCUGAGCAGACGGAAGCAAUGGAGGCAGAUGGUUUUCAAGCUGACACUGAGGACGACGAUGAGGACGACUGUGUCAUCAUCUCCACACAGAGUGGCCCAACCAGAGAGAACUCCUCCAACGAGGGAGAUGUCCUCAUGGAAGUCACUCCCUCCGACACAGCAGCUCUCCCUGUGGCCAGCGCUGCUCCUACACUCGCCACUGCCUGAGGACGGGAUAAACCAUCUCCCCCAACCAAGCUACUCCUGUUUCCUCAUAAAUUUCUCCUUCCUGAUAUUGAACUCUACUGUGUCCAAGACAGAAUGAAGUCUUCAAGCAAGAUGAACAACCACACCCUGGUACAGGCAACUCAGCAGGCGGCGUCUGCUGAGUGUUAUGAGUUCCCUCUCACCUAAUAUUUUUAAAGGAGCCACGAACCAUUUUUCCAGUAAAAUGUAAUUGUGCAUAAAAUCUGAGAAUCUGGCUUGAUCAUUGAGGGCAGGUUUGUCCAAUGUUCACUAACUAUGAGUCUGAUUUUUUGUAUUGAAGUUUCAGUCAGCCUUAAGUGGAACGUGAACGUCUUUCAGGCACUGCUUUAGCUACAGCAGUUUGGGUUGAACAGAAGGAGGAAGAGCAGAAUUUAAAUGCCUAAUAUUCACAAGAAUCAUCCAAGACGUCAAGAACAGCAUUAUUUACAGUUUUGAAAUGUUGAAUUCAUGAUGUGGAUUUCUUGCGCUCUAAAUGUAUAUAGUUUACCAGAAAUUAGAGUUGGGGAAAUGGGAGGCUUAAAGUCCAUCUGUACAUUUCCCUUUGAUUUCAGUGGGUGCAUUUAUUCUGCAAUUUCCAAUUCUGACAACUCACUGGUGUAGUUGCUAGAUCUGUACUUGUACAGUUAGGUCCAGUGUCACCGUGUUUUAUAAAUAUGUAUUUUGUGUAUUUUCAAGAAUACUUGAACAGGAUAAAUUCAUUAAACAUGAAUAAAAGUA